UCCUCUUCGCGUUCAUCCCUUCUUGCUCGACUGCUGCAGAAGUGAAAGGAUCUGUUGUGUUUUCGAUGUGUAAAUUUAAGUAUUUUGAAGAAAAAUGGUUAAUUCUGUGGAGUUAAUGCAAUUAUGUAGACUAUGUUUAGUCAAAGACGAAGUGAAUAUUCCUAUAUUCGAUAACGAGACGGACGUCCAACAAAUUUUCCUAAAAAUAUCAACUUGCCUACCGGUGAAGGUCACGCAAGAUGACAAUCUACCUAAGAAAAUAUGUAAUGACUGUUCAUACAAAUUAGAUCUGUGCUAUCAAUUUUGGAAUACUUCAGCAAAUUCGGAAAAGCAACUCGUAACAUGGUUAAAUGAAGUAGGUUUAAGUCAGGAAACCCUAAAUGAGGCAAAGUUACAAAAAACAGAAUCAAAUUCAACACCAGGUCUGGUUUUAAAGCAAGAAACAAUCGAACCAGAAUCAGAAUCUUCACAUGAAGUUGUGAAUAAUGUAUCUACCGAAUCACAGGAAUAUAUUUUACAGCAGCAGCAGCUCCCAUAUCAAACGCCAGCAUUCCCAUUUACAGACGACAAUUUUGUGUCGGGGGAGUCUGCAAACGCUGGAGCUUCAAAGACUCAUACAAACAACAAAAGAGAGUCUACCUUGAAGCGCAAAAGACAGGCUGUCGCCACUGUCACACAGCCUGAUUCUGACGACGAUGUCGAUGAAGACAUUGACGACCCGACAGAAACUAAAGUGGCUAAGACUGAAGAAACUAGUGAUGAUGAUCGCGACGAUGAUGGUUUGAAUGAUGAAGAAUCAACAGAAUUUGCCGGUGUACCAUCAACAAGUACUGAUAAUGAGCAACCGGGACCUUCUGGGAUAGGAAAGAACGUCGUCGACGCACCAUUAAUGCCACGCUUGCUGAUGCCGAUUGUUCAAAUAAAUGAGUUUCAAACACCACAGAACAGAACCCCGAGAAAACGGGGUCGUCCUCGAAAAAUAAGCACCUCACUGGAAGCAACUGAAACGAAACCAAUAAAGAAAGAAUCAGACAACACAGAAGAGGAUCAAAACGACGAAAAAAGUAUAGAUUUGAAUGAUGAUAACAUAGAAAUCGAAGUCGAUUUCAGUGAUAAAGCUUCAGAGGGAGGCGAAGUCGCGAAAUAUUUCUGUCCCAACUGCGUCACUCUUCAGACUAUGACCGAAAAAGAGUUGAGAAAACACUUCAAAGUAGCGCAUAGAGGCAAACGUCUCCGAAACAUCCACCUCUAUUCUGGCGAACUACUCAAGUGCGAAAUAUGCCCGAAACAAUUCAAGACAAACAAGAGCUUAAAAGAACACCUGGAAUUCCACAGUAAUCAAUACACUUGCGAGACGUGCUACUCGUGCUUCCGAAAGAUCGGCGAGUACAUCAUUCAUCUUCGCGCACAUUCGGAAGAGAACAUCUUCAAGUGCGUCGUGUGCGAUUACAGCACCGAAUCGAUAAACGAGAUCAAAGGUCACAUUUCGGACGAUCACGAGGGCAACACUUACAAAUACAAGUGCGUUGUUUGCGACAAAGGUUUCCACUUGUUGUCGUGGUUCGAAGAGCACAACAACUUUCACACAGGUACCAAACCUUUCGAGUGCGAUUUUUGCGGAAAAUUCUUCAUGUACAGCCGCCACUUGUACGUGCACAAGAAGACGACCCACGGAGUCGAAGGCGAGCCAGUUUUGCACGAAUGCGUCGUGUGCAAAAAGCAAUACCAACACAAAAACAGCCUGAAACUGCACAUGAACGUGCACACCGGUAACUUAGCCAUUUGUGACAUUUGCGGCAAGCAGCUGUCGAGUAAGGAGAAGCUGAAGUUUCACAUGAGAACCCACACGGGUUAUAAACCGUUCAGUUGCAACUACUGCGGCAAGUGUUUCACUAAAAAACCGAUCCUUGUGGAACACGAACGUAUUCACACCGGCGAGAAACCGUACGGUUGUCAGUAUUGCUUUAAGGCUUUCUCGCAAAGGUCGAGCUUGGUCAUACACGAACGCGGUCACACCGGCGAGCGCCCUUACGUCUGUCAUCUCUGUACCAAAGGGUUCGUUUCCAGGGCCAUGCUCAACAUACACAUCAGGUCUUGUAAAGGCUAUCUUAAGUAAGAGAGAUUACAAGGGCUGUUAACGUUACUAUACAAUUGCGUAGGAAUGUUUUAAGUUAUUUUUUAAUUACCUACACGUAGUGCUUGAAUUCAGUGUUUGACAUUGACUUGGUUACUACACAAUGAACUUUAUAAAUAAAUAAUAAUCAGUAGAGAUAGGUGUUAAUACACAUACAUAUAUAUAGGUGCAUAGUACGGUUCCCUUAUUGGGAAACUACCGGGGUCAAGCUGAUAAUCAGUUUUUCCGAAUUUCGCGAUAGUUCAGUCAUUUCUUCUAAACAUUUGCGCCAUUUUGUACUGUCGCCAUUUGCCAAAGUCUCCUCCUUGUUCAGGCAUAUUAAUUAAUAACAAAUUAAUCCUGAAAUUAUACCGUGUGAUCAAGGAUGGUAAGUCGACAAGAGGCGAUCUAUUACAGUGAAACAUCAAACAUUUUCAGUCAUUUACAUCACAAGUCAAAAUAUGUUGAAAAAUAAUUCAUAUCCGAAGUGGUCAAAUUAGGAAUUCAGCAGAAAAAGCAACAUGUUAUGAUCACAGGAUUAUUUACCUAUCUAACGAUCAAUAUUUCUACGUACAUAUUGAUUAAAUGAUUACCUAUACUUUAAAAAAAAUCGAUAUAUAAUAUUUCGAUACCAUUCUCUAGAUUGGGCUACCGCGAGAAUCGAAAAAAGAAGAUUGAUUUUGGAAUACUUUAGCAUCACUACAAUAUCUCGCCCAGUUUUGAUGAUUUUUUAUGACGUUUUUAAUUCAUACUCAUUGUUUAUUUUAUAAUAAGAAAAAAAAACUGAUUUAUAAUUCUUCUGAUACUUUUAACUGAAUAAAUAUUAAGUGAAUCGAUUAAUUUUAUGUAGGGUAAGUAAAAGUCUUUUGUUCAACAAAAUAUGUAUUUCUGAAUGGAGAAGACGUUUUUGUAAUAUUUGUGAAAUGUAAUAAAAGUUACGGUCCCAUGUCAGAGAGUACCUACAAUUGGUACUUUUAUGGUCAUUUACACGUAGUGUAUUGUUAUCAGACUAAUAUUGUAAAUGAUUUUAUUAUAUGCGAACACACAUUUAUUAUAACGCUCUGUAUUUAUAGAUAAUUUUUUGUCGAAACCAUUAGGACGUAAUAAUUAGCGAAUAUGUAAGUAAUAAGCAACAAGUUGAAUGUAAGGAAAAUUA